AUGCCUAUAUCAUACAGCUAUGGUGGCUAUCCUCGCAUACAAGCCGACAUCAAAUGGGGUACACCAGAACAGUCCUCGGUCCCCACCAUCUUCGACACUGGUUCUCCCGGUUUCUGGGUCUUUGGGCCCAAGUCCAUCAUCAAUGAUGGCAGCACGGCGCACUACGUGCAAGGUCCUUGCAACAAGACGGUCAAAACAUUCUACAAUUGGCCCAAGUCAACUUCUCACUCCAAAGGAGGAGCCGUCAAGCCCAAAGGCGGAACUCUUGGCUAUGCCUACGGCGGGAAUGGCAAGCUUAUAGCGGCUCCUGCCAUCAUCAAUGACACGUUUGGGUUUUCCAACGCACGCUUUCCCAAGCUGACCAACAACCAAGUGGGAUUGGCAAACUAUGCGCAAAUCGCCCAAGGCGACGACCAUUGCAAGAUCCCGGAGUCCGACUUUGACCACAGCAUUCUCGGGCUCGCACCACUUCCCAAGACGGGCUUUGCUGGUCCCUCUUUCCGGGACAACUUACGCCACACCAAGAAAACGCAGUCCUCCUCUCUUACCAUGUGGUUUGAUAAACAACCCAAAUCUAUCAAGUCCUCAUACUCAGGCGCAGCUGUUUUUGGUGGCGUUCCUGCCCAGAAGAAAUAUACCGGCGAGCUUGUACGCAUCAAGCAGGACUACCCCACUGACACCUACAUCGGCUACUAUGCGGCGCUGCCGGAGAUGACUGCUACGUCUAUCCGCAAGCCGGGUAAGCCUGUCAAGAUUGGUCUGACCGAUUCUUCGGUUAAGCGUUGUCUCCUUGAUUCAGGAACGGGCGAAGACAGAAUUCCCUUUAGCAAUGAGCAGAUCAUCAAGGCAACGGGGUUGAUUCAAUUGAACAAUCCAUCGGUACUGGGCUGGAACGGGACUUGCGAGUCCAUCCCACACACUGCAACCCUCAACUUUACCUUUGCAGGCACCACCGCAGGCAAGAAGGUCACCGUGGCUGUUCCAAUUCGCAGCUACGCUCGCGGCGAAUACGACGGCAUCGAUGGCUAUGACGCUUCCAAGUACUGUGCCCUGAGUCUUUCAGCAGACGAAUACGGAGACUGUACCUUUGGUGCUCCCUUCUUCACAGCAGUUUACGCUGUCUUCCACGAUGACAAGAAGCAGAUCGCGCUUGCUCAGGGCGGUGUUUCUACCGGUACUGCUGAUGGCUUGUCUGGCAUUGGCUCGCUUGCUUCUAUUCUUCCGGGGUUAAAUAUCCCAAACUCGGUUUAG